AUGGCGAAAGGAAUUUUUCCUCGUAUGCUCAUUCCGGAUAUAAUCAACGCACUUGCUGGCUGGGGCAUAUCUGUUAGUCAAGAACAGCUCAAAAGCCCAACCGCCGACUUUGUCGAGAACGUCUAUUCCGCUUGUCUUGAACAGCUUACAGGUAUCAGCCAUGAAUCGCUCCGGGAACCCGUUCAAAACGCGUUAAACGCGUCCCAGGUGGAAGAUAAGGACCUCUAUGCUUCUGCUCUCUCCAGCAACAUAAUACUUUACCACCUAACCCGAUUCGCGAAAGCCGCAAGAGUUGAAGACUUCAAUUCGAGGGACUUGUAUAACCCCGAGAGAGAACGAACCAUCGUCCUGCUUUCGGCGUUCAUCAAUUUCGUCAAAUUUACAGAGCAGUUCUGCGAUCCAUUUCUCAAAGAUCUUCGCGAACGGUCUGACACCCUCAUCGCGCAACGGGAUAACGUUCAAGACCAAUUGAACGAGAUACAAAGAAAGUUGGACGAGCUAAAAGGUCGAAUCGUCCAAGACAAACCCAUCUGCGAGCAACUCAAUGCUGAAAACACGUCUAUUACAAACACCAUGUUUAUGACGAAGGAUGCUCAAUCAAAGGCCGUUCGUGACGUAGAGCAAUACAAGACCGAACGAAAUACUCUGAUGAAGCGGAAGGAAGCUCUCAACGGAGAAGUCAAGAGCCUCGAAGAAGCCAUUACGCGGACGCGUGCCAGAAUAGUCCAAUCGCCAGAGCGUAUCAAGAAAACAAUUGCCAUCAUGUCAACCACGGCUAGGGAGGACAAAAAGACGGUCCUGAUGCACGAAACCAAUGCGCGAGAUCUCCAAACCAAAAUCAGUGCGCUUCAUAACAUUGAAAAGGUUGUGUCGUGA